UUGAGAGUCCCUGCACUGGAGAAGAGUUGUCUUCUGGUUUAUUCCAACCGUUCCCUUUCAUAUCACAAUGAUUAGUAACAACAGCACGCGCUGCUCUGGUGAAUAUUGAGUCCGUCAGAGAAAGUCUUUCCUGCAGGCAGUGGAGUGAGGAUGUUCUUCCUGUGGUGUCUGUUUUCUGCUGAUUCAGCUGCAGUGACAGAGGAGGGAGCCGAGACACACGAGUCUCAGCUGCCUUUUACAGAAAUCGAUGGUUUAUUCCCCCUCAGCUCAGCAGAGCACAGAUGUGACAGCUGCCACCUAGCGGCAGAAAGCUGCACCCAGCAGCUGGAUUAUGGAUUAUGGCCCAGUCCAUUGUUUGCUUGGAUACUUUUCUAUCAUACUGUCUCUUGUUAAAUUAAUGGUGAUUGUUUUUGCUUAAAGUUAAAAAAUCAUUUCCGAGAUAAAAAAUAAAUAAAAUUAGGGUUUGUGACUUCCAUGUUUUUUAGACGUUUUAGAAUAAACCAGAAAAUUGCACAUUUCCAGGUCACUUUAGGGAUGAACUUGUUUGAGAUUUGAUUUUUUUUUAAAGGAUUAAGGCCUUAGUUGUUUUUGUGAUCGUGUGUCUGUUUGUGUGUGUGUGUGUCCACAGCCGCUGAUUCGUGUUCGUGGACUCCUCCCGUUGUGUGGUGAAGUUCAGCUGCGCGCUGUUGUUCUGUACGCGCGUCACCGGCGCACAGAGGAGCUUCACGACGCCAGCAGAGGAUGGAGCGAUCCGAGGAUAGCGACUACGGGAGUUCCUCGAUCUGAAUAUGACACUAUUUGCCCUUUAGUCCCAUUAUUGUUCUUCCUUCGCCUGAGCGCUCGCACGCAGCUGUCGUGGAGCCGCAGAUUCAGCGCAUUCUUUCGCGUCCUCGUCUUCCCCUCUCUGGAACAGAUUCCUGCUCUCGGCUUCGCGGUGGACCGUAACAACCUCAGCUGGGUCCUCGACUGUGUGGUAGCUUCACUCGGACGGAGAUCUGUGCAGUUCAAAGCUCGGUGCUGAUCCAGGAAAUGUUGUCAUGGCCGCCUCGGGAGCCCAUAAGUGCGCUAAGAGUGAGAAGUUGGACGAGGCGCAGGCUUUGGCCAAGAGCUGCGCAGGGAGACCAGACUUCCUGCCCUGUGAUGGACUCUCCAUCUGCGCUACGCACAGCCACGGGAAGUGCUUCAAGCUGCACUGGUGCUGCCACUUGGGCUGGUGUCACUGUAAAUAUGUGUACCAGCCCAUGACCAAUGUAUGCCAUCUCCCAAGCACAGCGGUGCCCCCUGCUGGCUCAGAGUACAGUAAUUCCAUCAAUCUGUCCGUCUCACUGGCUGAGCGCUUCCUGAAACUGGCACCGUCCUUCCAGUCCCCUCCUCCGUUGGAGUCGCCCAAGUACUGCGUGAUCGCGGACCUGUUUGUGGACGACUACAUCGUUAAACGCAUCAGUGGGAAAAUGUGCUACGUGCAGCGGCCACCUCCUCCCAUACCAGAACCUCCUCAUCCUCCCACACCUCCACCACCUGCUCCAGCCCUCCAGUCUCAGAAGCCUCAAAACCCUGCUCCACCCCGACAGACGAUCAAGCCUACGCCGUCGACCAAGCAAACGCCCCCACCUGGCCGUGUGCAGUCAGUGAAGCAGGUAAACAGUGAACACAAACACCAAUCCCCUGUGGACAAGAUCAAAGGCCCCAAAAUGGACCACUGCUCCUCUCCGUCCAGCUCAGAAGACUCUGGUAUCAACGCCCUGGGUCUGCACUACUUGGAGUCCUGCGAGGAGGAGGAAAGUGAGGAGGAGGAGGACGGACUGAGCACAGAUGGAAACUCCAGCCCUAGCAGCCUCUGGGAUCAAGAUGACUGCUCCGUGCUGUCUCCUUCCAAGUCCAUGAUAGAGAUCAUUGAAAAGAUCGAAACAACUGUGUAACUGUCGUGACGUCCACACGGACACCAGAUGUCCAGAAGUUUGAUAUUCACGGACCAGUAGAAAACAAAGCAUGUCCCUAAUGCUGCAGCAGGACAGUGAGGUUCUGAUUUCAAUUUACUUUUCUUCCAGCAGGCGGCUGAGGACUGUACGUCCACUCUCUCUCACAGCCUCUGCUCCGUCCACGUCCCCUGCAUGGAGUGACUUUUUACAACCUAUUACAGUGACGCAGAGUAUAUAGAGCACACUCAUACUGUAUCAAGCACACGCACAGUGGCCCAGAUGGACUUUUUCCUACAUAAUUACACAGUGAAAAUCUGAAAAAAAAAAAAAAAACGAAUCUGAAGAAGACCCAGAUUAGGCCUGUCAUCAUAACGUCUCCACCUGAACAACACGUUGUCCUUGGAUGGACAAAACUCUGGAUUAGCUUGUGGAAAUUUCUGAAAACGUUUGCAUAAGUAGAGAAGUGUGUGUGUGUGUGCGAGUGAUAUGGAGACACUGUCAUGUGUACAAUGCCAUGAUGAGCCACAUACAACUUUUUCAUGUCCAAUACCGAUACCAAUCCGAUACUUUCUUUUCUUGUCCAGUAUGUCGCCGGCUGCUGCUAAGGCGAUGGUGUCCCUGUUUACUCCGUGUCACACAAAGUUAAGAUGACCAUUUGGGCUGAGGUGUCAGAUCGGACGGCUGUAGUUGGUUUCUUGAGGUUCAAGCCUGAGUAUCGGAUUGAGCAACCCCUUGUUUGGAACCAUCCUUGGUUUUGCUCUUUGUGGGUAACACUGUAGGUCAUGGUAGGUAGGUUAGGUUGUGGACUUCCAAAGUGCGACUUUACAGUUGAAACAAAACUACAACAGAGUAGCGUACUGGUGUGAUUAGCUUGUCCCCCAGUCCAUGGUUGGGUUGGACCAGGAAGUACAGAAUUGUGCUAGGGAUCUGUUGACACCACGUAGUAACGACCGCUACGACUGGACACUGACACAGCCAUUGUGACGGGCCUAAUGGAAAUUACUUUAGAUUGAAAGUGAAAAAAGGUCAGAAAAGUUCUUACUUUUCUGACGCUAAAUGUGUGCAGAGGAGUUGUGGGCAGGUUUUCAGAUAAUUACAGGGAAGCAGUUAAUGUUAGGGCUGUGGCAGUCAGACCUUAUUCUACUUCAACAUUCAAGUAGCAGAUACGUUUGUCCUCCGGUCAGUGCCUCCACCCACCCACACACACAUUAGUAAUUCUGACACUUUAGUAUAAUCACCACAAGGCCAGCUACCUCUCCUGGGCCCAGAGCACUUCAGCCUUUUUAACUCCUUAAUUCCUGAACCCUGAGCUUCUGUGACAAUUCUGCAGUUAUCAUGUAAUUUAAAAAAAAAAAAAGUGUGUGUGCCUGCACUUUAGUGACAACAACGUGAGGAGUUGUUAAGUAGGACAACGUUCGACAAUCACAGAUCACACAAGCACAUUCCUAAAAAUGACAGUACCUGCGAGGUACCAGCGAGGACCAAGGACACACACUGACAAACACAGACACACACUGAACUGAACUGAACUGAGUUGCUGUCCAGUGUUUAAUGGGUCGUUCAGAAAAACCUUUUUAUUGACCUCCAUUAGCCGUCAACAGAUUAAUUAGUGUGAACAUAUCUCUGGCACAGCUACAAUAACAACACAAAGAGACUAAUACAGCACUCACAGUGAGGAGGUAAUAUAUAGCUAAUAUAUACAUAUGGGCUUUCUUUUACAUUAAUGUUCUUAUUUUCUUUCUGUCUGAGCGGUAAAUGAUAAAGACGUUAAGAAGAUUCUGCGCUAGCUUAGACUUAUCUCAGUUCAUACUUGUACAUUGGCUGAGAGAAAGGACCUCUCUGGGUGAUUCCAACCUUGAUCUGUGUUGUUAGAGGUCUAGAAGUACUGUGAGGGAGUACUGUCGUUAUCAAUCAGUAGUUGGCGCUAUCGUCCUGCUGGCUGUGAACAAGACCCAAAUGUUACAAAACCCUGUGUUUUGCUCAAAAUAUCAUUCCUCUAACAGUGCAACAUGAACUGCUUGUGUAAAAAGUAAACAGACGUUCUUAUAUCACACUUUUGUUUAUUCUACCACAGUGUUUCUCAUUAAUUGCCGAGAAUGUGGCGGACGUAUAGGUGGCGCUGCAGUGUCAGGAGCUUUCCUGGCUGCAUCUGGCGCGAUCUGAUGAUAGCAGUGGCGCCAGUGCAGAGUGUUGGGUAACAGUGCAAUGUAUGUUGCAGAUCACUGCACCUGUCAAUUUCUUACAUAUCUGUAAACCAAGCAUUAACUGAGCAUCAUGUUGCAUUAUACUUGUAAUGAUAUUUUAACAUGUUCUUAGUUGCCAACUUGCCUGUUGGAUUUCUUAUACAGUAAACAACAGGACGGCAGGCAGUGUCUGAUGAAAUGUCCUCUUAGUUUCUCUCAACAGUACUCGACGUCUAACAACAGAAUUAUAUAUUGUAAAGGUCCGGAACUUUAUCACAAAUUUGAGAAAAAGAUAGCACUUGGUAUGGAAUAGGAUCCUAUGUAGGUGUUUUGAUGUUGUGAUGGAUAUAAUGUUAUACACUCAGAUAUGACGUUAGUAAGGUAGCCCAUGAUUAGUGAGGCUUGUUUUCUUUUUUUAACCCCAUUAUUAAUCAGCUUUUAUAGAGUUCUUUCCUGCAGAUCUAUUAUCUAGUUCAAGUUAGCACUUCACAGAUAUGUAUUGCUACAAUGCUACAAGCACUUGAUGUUUAAAGAAAAUGGCAUUUUGCAUGACUGCAGUUGUUGCAAAAGUCCCUCCAUUUCCAAACUUCGGUCUAAGAACUUUAUGAUUCUGUGUUUAAACAGCGUAGAGCUUCAGUCCGUUCAAAUUCAACAAAAAUGUUUGUUAUUCAGGGACAUCAGAUGACAUCAUACUGAAUGCAGUCUCCCUAAAUGCAGUUAAUUAUGUCUUAUUGUUACAUUAUUUUCAUAUGAAUAAAUCCUUCUGAAAGUA